AUGGCGGAUAAAAUAUACUACCCCAAUCCGGAACUCGCGAAGACAGCCCAUUGCAGUAGUAUGGAGCAAUAUAAGCAAAUGCACGAGAGAUCGAUUAAAGAUCCGGUGAAAUUUUGGGGCGAGAUCGCCAAGCAAUUUUACUGGGAAACGCCGGCGAUCGAGGAGAAGUUCUUCUCGUACAAUUUCGAGCUGAGUAAAGGUGAUAUUUUUAUAAAAUGGAUGGAGGGAGCAUCGACGAAUAUAAGCUUCAACUUACUGGAUAAGAAUGUGAAGAGCGGUAACGGUGAUAAAAUUGCAUUUUAUUGGGAAGGAAACGACCCGGAUGAUUAUUCACGACUGACUUAUAGAAAAUUGCUCGAGGAAACAUGCAGGUUCGCAAACGUUCUCAAGUCGAAAGGAAUCUCCAAGGGCGACCGAGUGGUGAUUUACAUGCCGAUGAUCUUAGAACUUCCAAUCGCGAUGUUAGCUUGCACGAGGAUAGGAGCGAUUCACAGUGUGGUGUUCGCAGGUUACUCUUCCGACUCAUUGGCGGAACGUAUACUCGACUCGAAAGCCAAAGUUCUGAUCACUACGGAUGGCGUGUGGCGAGGCGAGAAGUUACUUCUGUUGAAAAAUAUCUGUGACGAAGCUUUGGACAAAGCCAAAAAACAAGGUCACCAGCUCGAAAGUUGUAUCGUCGUCGCACAUCUGAGGAGACUCAGUUGUCCCCAGGGUAAGAUGAACGUAGUGAAUGGUACCAGCAACGGGGGCGGUGCUAUGGAGACCAAUGUCUCUUGGGACGACGAUCGAGACGCUUGGUGGCACGAUGAGAUGGAAGACGCGGAAGCGAGCUGUUAUCCGGUCUGGAUGGCCGCCGAGGAUCCGCUCUUUAUCCUUUAUACGAGCGGAUCUACCGGAAAGCCGAAAGGCGUUCUUCACACCACCGCGGGAUACUUGAUCUACGCAGCUACGACUUUCAAGUAUGUGUUCGACUACCACCCGAGUGAUAUCUAUUGGUGUACCGCCGACAUUGGCUGGAUUACGGGACAUACUUACGUUGUUUACGGUCCAUUGGCAAACGGCGCAACGUCCGUCAUAUUCGAAGGUACGCCCUUCUAUCCGGACAACGAUCGAUACUGGUCAAUCGUCGACAAGUAUAAGGUCACGCAAUUUUAUACGGCGCCAACGGCUAUCAGGUCACUCAUGAAGUUCGGUGACGAGCACGUAAAGAAACACAGCCUAUCCACACUUAAGGUGCUCGGCUCAGUGGGUGAGCCGAUCAACAGCGAAGCUUGGCUCUGGUUUUACAAUCUCAUUGGCCACAGGAAGUGCAGCAUAUCGGAUACUUUUUGGCAAACAGAAACCGGCGGUCACGUAAUCACACCGUUACCUGGUGCCACGCCUAUGAAGCCAGGUUCUGCGACGUUUCCCUUCUUCGGAGUUCUGCCAGAACUUCUCGAUGAAGACGGUCGCGUGAUCGAGGGCGAAGGAGAAGGAUACCUUGUCUUCAGUCGGCCGUGGCCGGGCAUGAUGCGGACCCUCUAUGGCAAUCAUCAACGUUUCCAAAACACGUACUUCGAUCGAUUCAACGGUUUUUACUGCACGGGUGAUGGUGCGAGGCGCGACGCGGACGGAUAUUUGUGGGUGACAGGUCGUAUCGACGAUAUGCUGAAUGUUUCUGGUCACUUAAUGUCAACGGCCGAAGUAGAGAGUGUGUUGGCGGAACAUUCUUCAGUAGCUGAAGCCGCGGUAGUCAGCAAAUCACAUCUUGUGAAAGGUCAAUGCCUUUACUGUUUUGUAACGCCUACGGCGGGAAGAACGUUCGACGAGAAAUUGCAAAUCGAGCUUAAAAAGAAAGUGCGCGAAAGGAUCGGUCCGUUCGCCCAACCGGACGUCAUUCAGCAUGCUCCAGCCCUACCGAAGACAAGAUCCGGCAAGAUCAUGAGACGUAUGUUAAGAAAGAUCGCAGCGGGCGACAGGAACAUCGGAGACACCUCAACGUUAGCUGACGAGAGUGUCAUCCAGCUUCUUUUCGACUUAAGGUCGUGUGUUUAAGAUAAGCAUCUCGCGCUUCUAUUUUAGAGAGAGAACGAGAUUUUAGAAAGAAAAAUUUUUUCUCAUUUUUCGCAUCAUUCGUUCAGUGAAUAUAUAGAAAAUGUAUCGCACGAUUUCUGAAUAAUAUCUUAACACUUUGACGGCCGCACAUUUCACGAAAAAAUUUGCUCUUGCCGCCGGCGUAUAAUGUCGAAAACUACUGGCUGCCGCCAGUACCUUUUUUAAGCUUUGUUACAAAUUGAAGGCAUGCUGUUGACACGAUGUUGCGAACUCAGACAUAAUUAGUAGUUAGUAAGUAAAAAGGCGUUAUUAUUUCAGUAAUAGAUUUGCCAUCUUUCUGACUAUAAUUUCACUUCCACCGUCUCAUUCUUCAUCAGUGUUAUCUGAUACCUGAUCACUAACAUUUGAUAGGUUAUCAGCAUACACCCUGUUGUCUCUUACAGAAAAAAAAAAAUACUCAAAUAUUGAAUAUCUAUACUUAAUUAUUCAAAUUUACUCUCAAAUAUAGAUACUCUCAAAUAUAGAUAUAUACACUCAAAUUUGAGUAUAUAUAUUCAUUUUCAUACAUUUUUAAGAGUAUUUUUUUUAAGUUUAUAAAUGAAGUUUUUGAAUUUUUAAACUAAAUCAACUCACGUAUAUGUGAAGUUGGCCGAUAACUGUUGGUUCAGUGAUCUCAAGUAUACGUGAGUCCGGCCGUCAAAAUAUUAAGGGUAAAAGUCACAAGUUACAUGUUGAACUGAAUUGUUUCACAUACUCGCACAACAUUGAGGACGCGAUUAAAUUCCAAGGUUUUAUCAUACGUCCAGUCAUAUUUGACGAAUGUACAAGGUAUAUAAGCGCGAGAUAAAGUUAUUAUUUCCAACCAAUUAAUCAAUUCUGGCAUUGUCACUAAGAGAAAGAGAGAGGAGGGGGGAAGAGAGAGAUAUUUCAGAGUGAGUAGAAUUGAUAUCGUUCUUCCUCCUCAAGAAGAAUCACGAAAGAGAUGAAAGAGACACAAUAUUGAAAGUAUAGCUUUACAGAUUUGUGGAGUUAUUGAAAUAGAGUUAAUCGAUUAAGUUAUUGAUCGCACUUCUCAAGUUGUGGCUGCGAUAUAUAUCUUACGAUAUGCUGACAAGUAGCAUAAGCGUUAUCUUUCUUUUGUUGUAAAUCACACGUUUUAAAUUAAUUGCAAAGAUAAAUAACGCUCCAUAUAGAUGACCGUUAUAAGUAGCGCAAAGGAUAAACAAAGUAUGCUGAUUGCACAAUUAUUUAUAAUCGUUAUUUAAGAAACAAGUGACACAUGACUAUAUGAUAUAUGUUAUUAUCUGCGGAUAUCGUAAAGAAAACGAAAUAUUUUGCUCUCUGCAAUUUCGAUAAAUAAGAUAAAGAGACAUUAUUUACGUACAUACACACAGGGUGUUCACCGCCGCCUAUUGUGUUUCCUUUUAGUCACGUAUCUUAUAACAAUUUUAAGAUAACAAGUCAUCCCUUCUGUUUGAAGAACAUGUGACUGAAAGAAAAUACCCGGCCGAGGUGUACGUACUUAUAAAUGAAAGUCGCCUCGUGUCUCCUCGACGGGGCACGUAACAUACAUAUCAUUCCUCGCGGAACAAAACAAUUUUAGGUGUGAUAUAAUAUGUGUACAUGUAUGUAGAUAUAAAAGCAAACGAAACGUAAGCAGUAGAUAUGGCUA